ACAAUUAAUUUAAAUCCUAUCUCUCUUUUGUUCUCACAUUCUGCCACCCUGUGAAAAUGCACGGGUGUACCCUUUUCAGUCCUCACCAUCUCAUCUCCUCACUGAUGUUUGCCCCUGAAAAUACACAAAGUAAACAGGCCUUGUCUUCUUUUUAUAUUCCAAAAUCAUCUGUGACGUCCAAUUCUCCACAUGCCGAUGAGUUCUGCACCAAACUGUCAAUGGUCCGUUUCUCUUGUGUUUGUGGAAUUGGCCAUAUGUCAGCCUGAAUCAGUGAAAAACUGUGGACUAAAGCAUCACCAACAGGCUUAACUUUAUUCAAGAGGAAAGCAAAAUGUUGGAUGAGCAGGGUGAACAAAAGAGUUAAUUCUAGGCAGAUGGUGGAGAUUUUGCAUACAGAAGGAACCUAUUAGUUGCUCGGGUUGGGGUUUAUGACAAUGUGCUCAUUACAGAAAGUUGAAUUAUUAUCAUCCAUCCAUUGUCUGCACCCAUUUAUUCUUGCAGGUCUGCAGAAGGGCUGGUGCCUAUUUUUACUGAACAUUGGACCUGUACACCCUGGACAGGUCCACAGUCCAUAUUGCAGGACAUCAUAGACACAGAGUCAGAGGACGGCUCAGAAUGGCUCACCUGCUCUUCGCCUGCCUUGUUCUCUGGGUUUUGUCCAUUUGCUCUGCCGCUCCGCCGAAUUUCGUGCUCCUCUUCGCGGAUGAUCUGGGAUUUGGGGACUUGGGCUGCUAUGGACACCCGAGUUCACUGACCCCGAACCUGGACCGCCUCGCAGCAGGAGGACUUAGAUUUACGGAUUUUUACUGCACCAGUCCGGUCUGCAGCCCCUCUCGGGCAUCGUUGCUGACAGGUCGCUACCAGACCCGCUCAGGCAUCUUUCCAGGUGUAUUUUACCCAGGCUCCAUUGGGGGUCUCCCCCUGAAUGAGACCACCAUUGCAGAGGUGUUGAAACCUUUGGGUUAUUCCACAGCUGCUGUGGGGAAGUGGCACUUAGGCUAUGGAGCCAAUGGAACAUUUCUCCCAACGCAACAGGGGUUUGACCAGUACUUGGGAAUCCCAUACUCUCACGACCAGGGGCCAUGCCACAACUUGACCUGUUUCCCUCCAGAUGUAAAGUGUUUUGGAUUUUGUGAUGUUGGAGUAGUGACCGUCCCUUUGGUCCACAACGAUAAGAUCAAGCAGCAACCAGUCAACUUCCUUGAUCUGGAAAAGGCGUACAGCGACUUUGCAAACAACUUUAUAAUCACAUCUGUCAAGAAAAAUCAACCUUUCUUUCUCUACUACCCAUCACAUCACACUCACUACCCUCAGUAUGCUGGUAGCAGAGCAGCAGGUCACUCUCUGAGAGGUCCAUUUGGUGAUGCCCUCUAUGAGUUUGACAGCACAAUAGGAAGCCUAAUAACAACCCUGGAAAAGAUGGGCGUGAUCAACAACACACUUGUGUUCUUCACUGCUGACAAUGGGCCUGAACUGAUGCGUAUGUCGCGUGGUGGAAAUUCAGGCCCACUGAGAUGUGGCAAAGGUACAACAUAUGAUGGAGGCAUGAGGGAGCCAGCCAUUGCAUUCUGGCCAGGAGUCAUCAAACCGGGGGUGACCCAUGAGAUGGCCAGCACUCUGGAUAUCCUCCCAACCAUUGCAAGUCUGGCUGGAGCCAAGCUUCCCCCAGUAAUACUGGAUGGGUUUGAUAUGACAGAUCUCCUCUUUCACGAAGGAAAGAGUAAAAGGGAGGCGAUGAUGUUCUACCCCACAGAUCCUAAUGAAAAAUACGGCCUGUUUGCUGUAAGAUUGGGAAAGUACAAGGCCCACUUUUACACAAGAGGCGCCACCCACAGUGCUACCAUCCCUGACCAAGAUUGUUCCGAGUUUGCGGUCCUCAAGGCCCAUGAUCCACCUCUCAUUUUCGACCUGGAGGCCGACCCCUCGGAGCACUACCCUCUUCCUCUGGACGAGCGACCCGACAUCCAAGCCGUGCUAGUGCAGAUAAAGAAAGUCAAGGCGCAGUUUGAGGCGACUAUGGUCUUUGGAGAAAGCCAGAUAUCAAAGGGACAGAACCCGGCUCUUGAGCCCUGCUGCAGUCCGGAGUGUAGCCCCAAGCCCACCUGCUGCCACUGCUGAGUGGUGGAGAGGGCGUUGGGGGUGUUUGUGAAGACAAGGUGGGAAUUCAGCCUUAAAUCUAAAGAUCAGGGAACAUUAAGGUCAUGUGGAGUUUUGCACUAAUCAUUUUCUUUUAGCUUCUGGAGAACAUAUCUCCUCUUGUUAUUGAAAAAGAAUGCUAUAAUAUUUUCCUCAAUGAGGAAAUUUUCUUCUGAUUAACAUUGACAUCUUUUAGUACUGUAUGUUCUCCAACUUGAAUACAAAUGUUUUAAUAUUUGUACAAAAAUGUUCUCCUUAAUUUUCUUACAUGAUCAAAUUUAUGUGAAGCUCAAUAAAGACGACAAAAAACUUUCAGACAUCAAGCAUAUAUUUUAUUCAUAAGACCAAACCCAUGACAAGGCAGAGUGAUUUUUUUGUUGUUGUCGUUUUGCAAUUUUUUUAGUUUUCCUUGAAUUUUUAAAGAUACAAGAUAGGUUAUGUUGGCUUUUUCACAUACUGUUUUGCUCUAGGUAUACAGUGAUGAAUCUUGUUGAAGUAAUAAAGUCAAAAGUUUGGUUU